AUGCAGACUCUGGGCAUCGUGAUGGUCGUCAUGUUCGGCCUGGUCGCCCUUUGCCUCUUCUUCCAUUUCAUCGCAUACACCAUCCCCGGCUGGGUCCCCCACGAGAUCCCGACCCGCAACCGCCGCCGCCGCGCCGCCAACCGCGCCAACAACCGCAGUACCAACGCGACCCGCGUCACCACCCGCAACGCCACGACGACGACGACCGCCGACGGCAUUAUCGCCCCCGGUCCCGCCCGUGCCGCCCGCGCCGGCAUGGUCGUCGACGGCCACGACGGCCCCCUGCCUCGCCUUCCUGCUGCUGCUGCCGCCGCUACCCUCCUCCCGCGCAGCGCCAGCGGCACGACCGUCGCCAACGCCGCUGCUACGUCCCGUCCCAUCGUCGCCGCUGCCAACGACGGUAGUGUCGGUAUCCAGUUGGCUAUCGUCCCGCAGUUCGUGCGCAUCAACGGCGGCCGUGGUGGCGGCAACGGCAACAGCAACAGCGGCAACGCCGCGCGCCCGGCUGCUGCUGUGCCGCGUGUCGCGGGACGCGCUCCCCCGACGCGUAGGGCGCCGCCGGAGUAUGAUGUUGAGGCUGGUUUGGCGGAUCCGCCGCCGAGGUAUUCGGAGGGGCUUGGAGAGCAUGACUCUCAGACGGUUAUUGCCCGUGCGGCUUAG